GGACUUUAUAGAAGUGAUAAUUUCAAAUGGCACUGGACCCUGUCAGACAGUUUAUACAAUACAGAGAUAUUCAAAAACAGAAAGAAUAUAACUAAUAAUGGGGCGUGUGCUGCAAUGGACAACAAUUGGAAAUGGUUUAAUGAUGACUGUGACUCCCAAAAACAAUUUGUAUGCUUUAAUGCCAGUAAAAAGUAUAUCCUGAUUGAGAAGAACAGUUCCUGGAAGGAGGCCCAAGAAUAUUGCAGAACAUUCCACACAGAUUUAGCCAAUGUCAGAACCUGCACAAACAAUACUGUUGGUGACGUAUGGAUUGGACUAUUUAAGGACUUCUGGUCGUGGUCAGAUCAGAGCAACAUUUCAUUUCGUUUCUGGAAUUUCAGCCUGCUGAAGCCAAUUGAAAGACUCCACAACUGUACUGUAGUGAUGGUGAACCAAACAGGGAGAUGGAAUGAUGUUCAGUGUAACACCACUCUGCCCUUCAUCUGUCAUGGUGAUCUUAAACCAACCACUAAACCAGCACCAACAACCAGACAGAAUCCAAAUUCAUCUCUCAAAUCUGUUCCUGGAUCAGCAACAACUCAGUACAAACUACUUCAAAAUACAACCAAGGUGGAAAAUACAAGCAGUCAGACAAUACAAAUACUCACUACAGGUGCAGAGCAAGGUGAGUGAUUCGCUCACUGUGAAUGUUUGUUAGUUUUUCUUAUUUGAAUUUAUGCAAAAGUUGGCCUACAUUGUUUAUAGGACGUAUUAUUACAUUCCACUGUCCUCGCCACAAAAGCAUUAUUAGCCUGCUAGAUAACAUUUCAAAUCAGCAGAAUUUGAAACAGCCAUGUAUACAUAACA